UCAGGGCGCACGCAUUCUGAAAUGUGCCGCUGCCUCUGCGGAGCUGCAGUGCUGUCGCCUGCUAUUAGCCGAGCCUCGCUUCACCGCAGCCAGCGCGAACCGAGCCCAAAACACCGAGCCCAUCCCUUGUUGUUAGCUCUGAUCGUUGCUGCUAUCAUUUGAUAGUCCGCUUGCAGCCGGUCCAAGUUGGCAAUGUCACCCCAAGCUGAUUGGAGCCACAGACAUUUUUGCUGACUGGAGUCAUGCUAUCUUUGCCAGUUUGCUGGAAUAGACACAGACACUGAUUGGGUCAUGCUGAAAACAUUCCUGUCCUAUGAAGCAAGUCUGUUUGUAUUUUAGGUUUGCCAGGACUAAUGAAUUAAAAAUCUUGGUCUCGCCACAGCUUGCUGUUUAAUAAUGCCUGUGACAGAAGGAUUUUUUCCUCCCUGAAGCAUGACAGCAUCAUAAUCCCUCGCCACUGGAAAGGAGAGGAAGGAAAAGCAGAAUUGUGAAGAAAAGCAGAAAAGGGUGAUCUUCUGGGACCGCAAAGCCCAUGGGAAGUGCAGGUAGCAGCAUGUUGCCCUGACAGCUGUCUCAGCUUCUCAGACCUUGUCAGUUUGUUGCUAUGCAGCAGGUGCAGCCUUUUCUUUUAUUGAAGCUUUACUCCAUAAAGGCAACGACAAGCCAAGGCAGUGGCUGGCCCUGGAUUACACAAGUGCAGACACUCCACUAAGUGAGGGUCUCAUCUCAUUAAAACUGCUUUUUGGAGCUGCUGGUCUCAGAAGAAAUACCAAGGACUGCCUAAGGUCCUGAUCCGGGAGGCAAACCCAUGCAGAAAGACCCCUACAUCUGCACAGAGGACCGCUGAAGAACCACCACCAAGAACCAGGCAGCAUUGCCACGAGUCAAGGCUUGCUGAAGGGGCAAUGGCGGGGAGCAAGCAGCUGGAACAGACAAGUAAAAGCAUUGGCUCAAGUGCCCACAUGAUCACCACCGCCAGGGUACCUGCUGAUAAGCCAGUACGAAUUGCCUUCAGCCUGGAUGAAUCCCCAGAUGAUGAUGCUCCUGAAAACUCCUUCCCUUUGGCAUUUCCAGAACUAGAUCAGCAGCUGCAGCCUCUGCCUCCUUGUCAUGACUCUAAGGAAUCGAUGCAGGUGUACAAACAACACUGCAAAAUAGCAGAAGAGUAUCAUGAGGUGAAAAAAGAAAUUGCUCUGCUGGAAGAAAGAAAAAAAGAGCUGAUUGCCAGACUGGAACAAGUGGAAAAAGAAAGCAUGGAUGCUGCUCAGCUGGCCAAGGAGUAUGCAGAACUGACAGAGGAGAACCGAACACUGAAGCUGGCCCAGACACAGUGUGUAGAACAACUGGAAAAGCUCAGAAUACAGUACCAAAAAAGGCAGGGAUCCUCAUAACUCGCAACUAGCUUAUGUCAGGCAGUUAAUACAGGAUUGAUCCUGUGUUGGAAAGAGAUUUUAAAAUAAAGGUCUGUUUAAUAUGUUAUAAUACUUCACUACAGAUACAGAAUAUGUAGAAGUCUAUAUUUGAUUUAAUGCUUGCCAGCCAGUAGCUUAAUAUAAUGGAUAUUUCAUCCAUUAUAUAAUGGAUAUUUUAUUUCAAGUAACAUAAUUGAAGUUAAUCUAUCCCCAUUAUAUGUUCUAGUAGAUCAGGUUUCUUUUCUAAACAUAUUUCUUCCAAUUUAAGAAGAUAUGGACACACUAGAAAAUGAUAUAAAUAGUCUCUGUGUUGGGAAUUUGGACCAUACUAAGGCAUACAGCAGGGACAAUGUUAAUAUAUGGAAUACACGUAUGUUAAUUUUAGUUUGGUGAAGAUUUUUAAAAUUAUAUUCCUCAUGCCUAAAGUGUUUGGAAGUUAUCUUAAAACGGAUCUCCUCAUGGGUAAAAACUAGACUUUAUUAUCCCGUGUCAGCUUUACACUGUUGUAUAAAAUCAGAUAAGUUGUACAUUAGAAUUGAAUUAACCCAGUUACUAGUUAUGAAGUGAGAGUAGUGACAGCAAUAAUUUGCAAGUUUUGAAAUUGCAAGGAACAGAUGAGAUCAGGCUUUCCUUCCCCAAACGUAGAUGACUUGAGAGUCUUUUUUUACUGUGCUCUUUGCCAUCUGAGAAAUGAAAAGUUAAUAUAUGAAUGCUACCAUCCGAGUUGUAACUGAGAACAUGUCAGUAAGCGUAUCAUGAGGGUAUUUUGUUCUCAUCUUCUGGUCUGUUUGGAAACGUAAGUAGCUAUAAGUACAGACAAGAGUUCCAUGAUACACAAAUAACCUGGAAUUAAAAUGCUUGUUUUACUUGCUCUGUUUAUCCCUGUAUUUUCCUAAUUCAAUUGAAAUUCUUUGUUAUACUUCCAUUUCUAUUCAUACAGUAUUUUUUUCAUUAAAAGCAAAUAUGGAAAAACCAUUUUAUGUUCUGAACAUUAUUAAACCUCCCUG